AGGUUGGCCGUUAUAGAGGAUCUGUAAAGGAUUACCUUGACUUUGAUGCCAGCCAAGAUGCUGAAACCCUCUAUAAAGCCAUGAAGGGGUUUGGCAGCGAUAAACAAGCCAUCUUGGAUCUCAUCACCUCCAGAAGUAACCAGCAACGUAUCCAAAUCAUUCAGGCUUACAAAUCUCUCUAUGGCAAGGACCUCAUUGAUGACUUGAAGUAUGAGCUCACUGGGAAAUUUGAGAGGCUUAUUGUAGGACUGAUGAGACCUCCAGCCUAUGCUGAUGCCAAGGAGAUUAAAGAUGCCAUUGAUGGUAUUGGAACUGAUGAGAAAUGUCUCAUUGAAAUCCUGGCCUCUCGGACUAACCAGCAGAUUCACGCACUGGUAGAGGCCUAUAAAGAUGCUUAUGACAGAGACCUGGAGACGGAUGUGGUCAAAGAUACCAGCGGACACUUCAAGAAGAUGUUAAUUGUCCUGUUGCAGGGGACACGGGAAGAGGAUGAUAUUGUGAGCGAUGAAUUAGUAGAACAAGAUGCCAGGGAUUUACAUGAAGCUGGAGAACAAAAAUGGGGCACAGAUGAGGCUCAGUUCAUCUACAUUUUGGGAAGCAGGAGCAACUCCCAUCUCAGACUUGUGUUUGAUGAUUAUGAGAAAGUUGCUGGGAAGAGUAUUGAGGAGAGUAUCAAGGGGGAACUAUCUGGAGAUUUUGAGAAGCUGAUGCUGGCUGUAGUAAAAUGUAUUCGUAGCACCAAGGACUACUUUGCUACCAGAUUGUACAAAUCAAUGAAAGGUCUGGGCACUUCAGACAAUACCCUGAUCCGAAUUAUGGUGUCACGCAGUGAGAUCGAUAUGAUGGACAUUAGGGAGUCAUUCCGGACUCAGUAUGAAAAGUCUUUGUACUCUAUGAUCAAGAAUGACACAUCCGGUGAGUACAAGAAGGCCCUGCUCAACCUGUGCGGAGGAGAUGAUGAUGCCGCUGGGGAGUUUUUCCCAGAAGCCGCCCAAGCAGCCUAUCAGAAAUGGGAGCUUAGUGCGACACUUGCUUCACGCAUCGAGUUGAAAGGCACCAUAUUUGCUGCUGCUGAUUUUAAUGCGGACAAUGAUGGGAAGGCUUUGAGGAAAGCAAUGAAAGGCUUUGGUACCGAUGAGGACUCUAUUAUCGACAUACUGACUAAGCGCACUAAUUCCCAGAGGCAAGAAAUCAGGAAAGCUUUUAAGUCACACUUUGGACGUGACCUGAUGGCAGAUCUGAAGUCGGAACUCUCUGGAACCUUAUCUAAACUGAUCCUGGGACUCAUGAUGACACCAGCCGAGUUUGAUGCUAAGCAGUUAAACAAAGCCAUAGCUGGGGCUGGAACAGAUGAAAAAGUCUUAAUUGAAAUCCUAGCUACAAGAAACAACCAGGAGAUCCAAGCUAUUAAUCAAGCUUAUCAAGAAGCUUUCCACCAGUCACUGGAAGAUGCUAUAAGCUCCGACACAUCUGGACACUUGAAGAGGAUCCUCGUUUCAUUAGCUUCGGCAAACCGUGAGGAGGGUGGUGAAGACACUGACAAAGCCGUAGAUGAUGCUAAGAUUAUUGCUUCAGUCCUGGAAGUGGCAGAUUCAGGAUCUGGUGACUCUUCCUCCUUAGAAACCCGUUUUAUGACCAUUCUGUGUACUCGCAGCUACCCACAUCUAAGAAGAGUCUUCCAGGAGUUUAUCAAGCAGUCCAACCAUGAUGUUGAGCAUACCAUAAAGAAAGAAAUGUCAGGUGACGUCAAAGAUGCCUUUGUAGCUAUUGUACGGAGUGUGAAGAAUAAACCCGGCUUUUUUGCAGAGCGCCUCUAUAAGGCUAUGAAGGGGGCGGGGACAGAUGAACGGGCGCUGACCAGAAUCCUGAUAUCCAGAAGUGAAACUGACCUGUUUAACAUUCGCAAAGAGUUUAAGGAUGCUUAUGAGAAGUCCCUGCACCAUUGUAUUGAGGGUGAAACAUCAGGGGACUAUCGCAAAGCCUUACUGGUCAUCUGUGGAGGAGACGACUAA